CAUAUAAUUACUGCAACAAGGGGCAGGGAUCAGCUGUGCAGACCUCUCACAGUCAUGAUGCUUGCAGGUUUCAUCUCUCUGCUCCUCCUCACAGGUGGAAUUACCUCCAGUUACUCGGAGCAACCAGAGCAUCUUGAUGAUCAACAUAAAUUCAAUCAGAGCUCUGUGGAAAAUGGAAGUACCUUCAAUAACUCAGCAGAGCUUUACGAAGGUGGAACUACCUCCGAUUACACCGAACCACCAACAGAGCCUAACGAAGAUUCAGGGGACUCUAAGAAAAAUUGCAGUUAUCAGGCUGUUUUAAACCACCUGAAUCUGAAAAACAAGGAGCUGUACUUCAUGGCCCGACCUGUUAAACACCACGAAGAGAUUACAUACGUAUACCUCCAAAUGGUGAUCUAUGGCAUCCUAGAUGUGAGAGAGAUUGAACAGACUUUCAUUCCUUACAUUUGGAUUUAUAUGAGCUGGAUAAAUGAACACAUUAGGUGGCAUCCACUUGACUUUUGUGGACUUGAAAGUAUAGUAGUUCCUACUGAAGUAUUGUGGAAGCCAGAUCUAAUCAUUGAAGAGAUGACAGAGAAGGACAAGGCCCCUCCGAGUCCUUAUCUCACCAUUUCAAGAGACGGCCGCAUCGAACUUAGGAACGACCUGAUGCUGGUCAGCACCUGUAAGAUGCAAGUUUACAAAUUCCCCUUCGACAUUCAGAGCUGUGACCUCUCUUUCAAGUCUGCCGUAUACCGUGAUACCGAAAUGGAGUUUCAAUUCGCCGAUUCAAAGAUCGCUGAGACUCACAAGGUGACCCAGUACGAGUGGCUGUUCAUCAACAUGACAGUCGAAAAGAAAACUGUCAACAAUUUGUUUUACAACCAAAGCAUGAUCGUUUACACUAUCAAGAUGAGGAGGCGGUCUGUCCUCUACAUCGCCAACUUCUUGGUGCCCAUAAUGUUCUUCUUUUGUCUGGACUUGGCCUCCUUCCUGAUCUCAGAAAGCAGCGGCGAGAAGCUCAGCUUCAAGGUCACUGUGCUGCUCGCUGUCACCGUGAUGCAGCUUAUUCUCAAUGAGAUUCUGCCUUCCUCUUCAGACAGGAUUCCUCUUAUAGCCGUCUACUGCAUUGGGAUGUUUGGUUUGAUGAUGCUGAGCCUCCUGGAGACGAUUUUGGUGAUGUAUCUGAUGGAGAAAGACUCUGAAUCCCAAGACAACGAGGCAGCUAAAGACCAGAGCCUGAGUGAGGACUUCAAUGAUGGAGAGAUGAAGAAAUGGACUCCCUGUGCUUGUGUCUGUGAUGUGUCUGCUGAUGAACCUCCAUCUGAACUGCUGUCGGUGGCCAAAGAGGGCACCAGCAGCCAACUGACGGAGGAGUCUAACGUCUUGGAGAAGGUCUCAGAUGAGCUGAGGGAGGUGGAGAAAACACUGAUUCUGCUCCUCAGCAGCAGAAAGCCCGGCUACUGGACCAGAGUGGCUAAAACAAUCAACAAAGUUUUCUUCAUUUCCUAUGUCACAGUGGCCGUCCUGUUUUUAACCGUUAUCUUUUCAAUUUGGAUCCAUGCAGAUGACAAGUAGUGCUAAAGUUUAAAAUGCUCCGUUUAAAGCUAGGGUUGGUAAUCUUGAGAAACUAGCAAGAGUACGCUAGAUUAAAAAAAUUAUCCAACUGGAAAAAAUUAGCCCAGUGUUGCCAAAUCUUUUCCAGUGAAAGUAGCUA